AUGACUGCCGUGGCAAACGCACAUACCAUGCAUCCCGAGCUUCUGAAGGCGGCAUGCCAUGGCAGCUGCACGGAACUGACGAACCUUCUGGACGGAGGAGCGGUCGACGAGCCUUCUGAGGUCGUCGUCGACAUCGACCGCCACGGCCCCGCGCGCUCACCAUCGCCGUCCUUGCUCCUGAAAGGGGUCACCCCAGACGGGGACUCUGCACUCCACAUCGUAGCCGCCUACGGGGACCUGGAUAAAGCCAGGACAGUCUACGGCAAGGCGCCACACCUCUUGGGCGCACGCAAUAGCAGCGGCAGCACGCCCUUGCACUGCGCUGCCAGGGCCGGCCACGCCGCGAUGGCCGCUCUCCUCGUUGAGCUGGCCAGAGGGGAAGAAGUCGCUGGUGAAGAUGGAAGGGUGGAGAAGCUGGUGAGGAAGCAGAACGAGCUCGGGGAGACAGCCCUGCAUGAGGCCAUCCGCGCUGGUCACAUGCUCACCGUGGAUGAGCUGAUGACGGCGGACCCGUUCCUCGCUCGUGUUCCGGAGAAUGGAACCUCGCCGUUGUUCCUCGCCGUCUCUCUGCGACAUGAAAAAAUUGUGCGGGAGCUCUACGAGAGAGACAAGAAGUUGUCAUACUCCGGGCCAGAUGGACAGAAUGCUCUUCAUGCUGCAGUUCUUCGAAGCAGAGGUAUGGCAGAAGCACUGCUGAACUGGAACAAGGAGCUUACUAAAAAGCGAGACCAACAUGGAAAUACACCUCUACACUUUGCGGUAUCAUUAGAAACUGGCACACGUGGUAUGCUUCCCCAAUAUGCCGUGCCAGUGGUAAAUGGAACAAGUAUUACAAGUUUUCUGAAUGUAAUGGAAACACCAGCGGACCUUACCAUGCAAAUAUUGGAAGCGGAUGCAUAUUUAGCAUAUCAACCGGACAAAGAAGGGUCAUUCCCCAUACAUGUCGCUGCAUUAGCAGGGAGACUUUCAUCUGUCAUCAUCUUACUUUCAAAGUGUCCAGGUUGUGCUAGCUUACGUGACACCCAUGGGAGAACUUUUCUCCAUGUGGCUGUCAUGAAGAAGAAAUAUGAUAUAGUUCGGUAUGCCUGCCGGACACCCCUGUUUUCGUCAAUUAUGAACAAGCAAGAUAAUGAGGGAAACACUGCAUUACAUCUAGCUGUGGAGGUUGGCGAUUGGUGGAGUUUCACUUGUCUCUUCGCAAACAAAAAAGUAGAUUUGAAUCUACCAAACAAUAAGCAACAUACCCCGCGAGAAAUUUCAGUUAACAGUACUCCCACCGGGUUAUACUGCCUGCUGCACUCACGGAUUUUGAUACAGCAAGCUCUAAUAUCUGCCGAUGCUACACUUCGUAUUUGUCGCCGGGAUAUCAUGACGAAAGGACCUAGUACCCAAUCUGACGCUGAGAUUGAUGCGGUAAUAUCAAACUCAACGCAGUUUCUCGGCCUUGGCUUAGUAUUAAUUACGACAAUGGCUUUUGGUGCUGCUUUUGCCUUACCUGGGGGUUACAGAGCUGAUGACCACCUUAAGGGAGGAACACCAACUCUGUCUACCGAAAGAGUUUUCCAAGGAUUCUUGAUGGCGAAUGCAUUGGCAUUUAUAUGCUCGUCGUUAGCCGUCCUAAGCCUUGUGUUUGCAGGAACACCUACAGUUGAAAUACCCAUGCGCUACGUGCACUACAAUAUAUCCAUAUGGUUAUCUUUCAAUGGAGUUUUAUCUUUGGGGACGGCCUUCAUAUUGGCUAUAUACAUCAUGAUCACCCCAGUUAUUUCUGGAACUGCUAUUAUGGUCAUGGUGGUGUUUUCUUCCUUGGAAAUCAUCUAUAUGCCAUCAUUAGUUGAGAAGCUUGUUAAAUUCAUGAUAGUGGUAUGUGGUAGAGUAGGAAUAUUGCCAGUAAUGCUAAGAUCUGAGAUGCCAAAGGUAAUGUUGCUUACAAUUUGGCCCCUCAUUGUAAUCUUUGGAUGGCAAGAAUAUGCAUGGCGACACAUGUGGCAUUAUGUACCUGUAGCAGAGAAACUGGUCACUUGA